AAGAAUAAAUGGAAUGAAAUCUAUUCCAUUCUCACCUUAUUUCAUUCCUCUAGUCCCAUUCUUUUUUUAUUCUACUAAUUCCAGUUUGAGGCUUACAAAAGGAGGAACAACAAUCAGAGCAGAGAUCACAUAUAACAUAAGUUCCAAAAGAAAUUUACAAAACCAAAACAAAAUGUCGUCUUUUGGUGAAAGCUUUGUCGUAGCCCUAACGUUGCUCUGCGUCUUUUCAACUCCAGCCCAUGGUCUACCAAAAGUGAAGCCAAUCGAUGAUGUCCAGCCAAAGCAAACGCUAGAGGUUCACAACGAGAUUCGAGCGGCGGUCGGGGUGGCUCCAUUGGUAUGGAACGAAACCGUUGCAGCCUAUGCACAAAACUUCGCCAACAAACUAGCCAAAGCAGGAAAAUGCGCGUAUACUGACAUGAGACAUUCUGGUGGACCUUACGGGGAAAACAUCGCGGCAGGAUGGGUCCAACCUACUGAUCAAAUGAGCGGUCCGAUCGCGACUAAGUAUUGGUUAACGGAGAAGCCUAAUUACGACCAUGAGACCAACAAGUGCAAAGAUGUUUGCGGCCACUACACUCAGAUCGUGGCCAAUCAAUCAUUGAGUCUCGGAUGUGGUUCGUAUAGGUGUCAUGAUAAUGAGUUGAUUUGGAUUGUAUGUGAUUAUUACCCUAUGCCUGUGGGUGAUGCGAAUACUCCCCCCUAUUGAUGAUUCCAAUAGGAUUAUUUGAAAAAAUAAACAUGGUUAUGUGAGGUGUUCAAAAAAAAAAAAACAUGGUUAUGUGAAAUUUAUAAAAAAAUAUAUUA